AUGGAAGUAAAGCAAGACACAGCUGUCAGCAAUAUCAGAUACCUUCAACCCUUAAAUAAUGAAGUCUACCGCAUGAGCAACCUAAAGAAUGCUGUACCUUUUCAGGAGGGGAACAUGGAAGAGAAGGAAAUGAAUGAUAGGCCACAGAUAGUCAGGUCCAAGGAGUCCCUGACAUUCCAGGACGUGGCUGUGGACUUCACCGGGGAGGAAUGGGACCAGCUGUGCCCUGCUCAGAAGAACCUCUACCGAGAUGUGAUGCUAGAAAACUACAGGAAUCUGGUCGCUCUGGGUCAUCAACUUUAUAAGCCAGAGGUGAUCACUCAGUUGGAGCAAGAAGAGCAGUGGAUGAUGGAAAGAGACAGCCCACUGGACACUCGUCCAGGUGAGAAGCAAGCAUUUCAAUAUUUGCUACUGAGUGAAGGCAAAUAG